AUGUUGGUCUGCCGGCGGUUGCUGAUCGCAGCCGCGAUCGCGGCCUCUGUCGAGGCCUCGGCUUCGUCCGCUAGUUUUCCGGAAAUCCCCGGGUAUUCUGGCUUUUCCGGUUAUCCCGGCUUCUCCGUCUUCGCCCGUUCGGCAACUUCCUCUGCCGGCACCUUCACCACUGCGCCACCCACUUCCGGCUGCAGAUUAUCAGAGUUCCUCUGCAGUACUGGCCACUGUAUUUCUCAGGACAAGUAUUGUGACGAUCAGAAUGACUGCGGCGACAACUCCGAUGAACCGAGAUAUUGCUCCCCGUGCAAUCGAACUCUAUACGGCGACGUUGGUCGAACCUACGAAGUGGAGGUUCGACGACCGAGGGAGGAUCGACUGCCAUUUUUAUGCCACCUCAACUUCACUGCCGCCGGGGCCGAUCUCGGAGACCUAGUUCAGUUAACUUUUGACACUUUUACGGUAGGGCGUUUUCAAUCUUUUACUUCAGAAGGAUGUCCUGACGGGUAUAUGAGUAUAAGGGAAGAAGGACGUCCAGCGACUGAUGGCCAGUGGUGUGGCAGCGCUUGGGGAUACACUGUAUAUUACAGUGAAACCCAUUCCAUAAAUCUUACUCUCUUUUUAUCACGCCUUUCAGAACAGGGCACGGGUUACAACUUCGACUUCAAACUAUCGUAUAAGUUCCUGAAGCGUAGCGAAGCUCACCUGAGAUAUGGGAACAGCACCAUGGCCACGUGGCGUGGUGAAUUAGUGAACGGGACUUACUGCGAUCGAGUUCUAACCAGGUGCGACACGCGCGCUUGUCGACUCCAAUCGCCAAACUACCCGGGUGUUUAUCCGAGGAACGUGACCUGCUACUAUCGGGUUGAGCAAAAACGUGCUCCACCAGGACACCGAGCACUUCUGGCUGUUAGUCAGCGGAACAGUCACAAGAUACACAUCAAGGACCAGGUCGUCAAAUACGACAGAAGUCAACGAAUAUUAAAAGUAUGGGAUCAGUGCAACGUGGUUCAAGAUUAUCUGACCGUUUACGAUGGAGGAUCGACUUCGGACAGAGUUCUUGUGAGAUUGUGUGGCGGAGAUGCAGUUCCGGAUAUCGUCAGUAGUCACGACACGAUGCUCCUCGAAUUUCACACAUCGCCAUACGACAAUCCAUUUCACCCCGUCCCCUUAUCGUUCCUUCCUGGCUUUGAGCUCGAGGUUCAGGUCCUCUUUGUUGAUGAAAAGUCCAGGAGUUUCGUGAAGGAGAGUGAAAAUUGCGAUUUUUUUAUAUCAAGUUUUGAAAAUCCCUCGGGUACUUUAGAAAAUCCGAAGCACUCUUUGCCCCCAAAUACAACCUGCCGUUAUCACUUUCAAGGAAAACCAAAUGAAAUCGUUUGGAUAUCUUUUAUUAAAUAUUAUGCAGCUACAAUUGAUCCCGCAGCGAGCAUUGACAAUCCCACAGAGUGCAAUGCUAAGUUGCUUAUUUGGAACGGCGAUCAUUCGACGGACAAACCGACUAGUCGAAAGAACGUCACCCUGAUGGGUGAAUUUUGCAAGUACGACGUCCCACGACUCUGUGAUCACAGCCUUCUGCGGAACAGCAGUCGCCACACUCGACCUUGCAGUCUCGCGGAGAGUUACGUUUCCUCCGGAAGGGAUCUGACUCUAGAGCAUAUCCUGAGGCAAGGUAGUGCCCUGUAUCCUGUGAGCUUUGUUCUACGAUACGAAUUCGUCCACGAAUCGAUGUCAUGCAAUCACGUAUUCACAUCUUCGUCCUUUCCCUCCUCCUCCUCCUCUUCCUCAUCCUCCUCCUCCUCAUCUUCCUGGCAGGCCACUUCUUUGUCCUCCUCCUCAAAAUCUGGAAAGUUCACUUCACCCAAAAGUGUUUUCUUCUAUGGACGAGGUGGAGCCCAGAACCUCAGCUGUGUUUAUAGGUUUGAGGCUGAGCCUGAGCAAAGAAUCGAGCUCUCCAUUCUCCGGGCAUCCUUCGGCGACAAACAGUGCAAAUCCUAUGUUGAUCCUUUGGUUGAUCGGUGGGCUUGCAAUCGUGAUAGAGGGAAGCCGAAGAAAAAUGGCAUUGCCGAACUGCAGAUAUCGGAACAUCCUUGGCAAGAAGUGGAGCUUGGAAGGGAUUGUUUAUGUUCAAACAUUAGCGAAAAGGUCAUUUUGAGGACACUGACCUCCAACAUAGUAGAACUUAAAUUCGUAGUGACUCAUAUGAACGUCACCCAAGAUUAUAGAGAUUUUUACUUCGAGGGUGAAUUUCGUUUUGUCGCGGGAGCUGAAGCUGGUGAUCAGACAUGUGCCACUAGACUGGAAGAUCGAAGACUCAGAGGCUCCAGUGGUGAAAUAUCUCUGAGAAGUCCUUUUCCGCCAAUCAUACCUGGCGUGGCUGCUGUUGAAGAACUUUUGACGAAUUCAGAAGAUCUGACGGCCACACAGUGCGUUCACGAGCCUUGGCUAAUAGAGCCAAAAGACAUUCGAAUGAAUUUCCUCUACUUGAGAACCAGUGGCUUCAGUAUUAAUCUGGGCAAUGUGGAGGAAUGCACAACUCAAAAUCGCAUCAUAGUUUAUUCAGCAGCCAAUACAAAAGAUCGUAGUGUCAUUUGUCCCGAAAGUAGUUCAAAUACUGCUAAAACAGUCGAUUUUUUCUCGGGAGGCUGGAAUUUCAGUUUAGCUAAUGGUUCAGUGUCAACGACAGCUAUGAUGCAGCACUCGAGGAGCUUUGUUGUCGAAUUUCUUCAAAGGGAGGCUGGAUUUUACGCUGUCACGUGGAUGGCCAUUUCGAAGCAGUCACCAGCUUCUAGUCCUGGCCCGAAUGCAUUUGCAUUUGUUCCUCCUGACGAGUGUCCUUAUAGAUGUCCAGAGUUACAGGCGUGUAUAAGUUCGGACCUCUGGUGUGAUGGAGUCCGCCACUGCCCUUCCGGAUUUGACGAAGAAGAGGAAAAUUGCUCUUACCGAUUUGGUGUAACAUUAUUAUAUGUUGCUAUCGGUGCUGGUGCACUAGGAAUUUUCCUCGUCUUAUUACUGGCCACUGGUUGCCUCAAAUACUGCCUCUACCGGCAUAAAGCUCGCAAGAAAAAGAAAAAUGUGGCUCUCAGUGUUAAUAACCUCCAUGUGAAUCACACGCACCACAAUAACGGCCUCACCGGAACUCGCCUCAGUGGACGUUAUAAUUUGGCUACACCCCAGGAAAUGUACAUGGAGAAUUAUGGGAAAGACAGUAUUUGUUGACAAUACGCCAUCACUAAUAUUGAGACCACUGUGUGAAUACUCAUGUUUUUUAAUGCCUCCUUGGACUCCCUGUGCUGUCGCCACUCACACCACUUCCAUCGUUUAUUAAACGAUUGCACUAUAGUAUUAUUAAUAAUAACUAUGAUACUCAUAAUGAUAAUAAUAAUCCCAGAAGAACUGGUCUAUCGAAAAUUUCCAAUGUUGCGUGACGAAUAUACACGAUUAUGCAGAUUCUGCAUCAAAUCUAAC